CUCUCUUCUAAUUUCAAUUCACAUUGUUUGUUGUGGACCUCUCCUUUCCGUUUCCCUCUCUCUCUUCCCUCCAAAAUCUCAAAGCAUAAACCCCACUCAGAGAUUCCGAAAAACUCUGUGAUUUUGAGUUUUGAAUUAUGGAUUGGGUUCGGGGCGAAAAUCUGGGUCAUGGCAGUUUCGCGACUGUGAAUUUGGCGACGGCCGGAAGCCAGAGCUGUGGGUUUCCUCCGUUAAUGGCGGUGAAGUCAUGUGGGUUUUCUCACUCUUCCUCUCUUAUGAACGAGAAGCUGAUUCUCGACGACCUUAAAGACUGCCCGGAAAUCAUUCGGUGCUUUGGGGAGAGUUGUUCGUAUGAGAAGGGCGAGAAAUUGUAUAAUGUGUUGUUGGAGUAUGCUCCCGGCGGCGCUUUGGCUGAUAAGCUUAGGAAUUCCGGUGGUGGGAGGAUGUCGGAAUCUGAAGUCCGGGGAUACACAAAGGCUUUGCUUAAAGGAAUUUACUAUAUUCACAAGUUCGGAUACGUUCACUGUGAUAUCAAGCUUCAAAACAUUCUUUUAGGAGGGAAUGGCCGCGUGAAGAUCGCCGAUUUUGGACUGGCGAAGCGGUAUGGAGGGAGAAAAGGCGCCGCGACGGGGUGCGAAUUGAGGGGCACCCCUUUGUACAUGUCGCCGGAGAUGGUCGCCGGGGGCGAGCAGGGGCCUCCAGCGGAUAUUUGGGCGCUUGGGUGUGUCGUGGCGGAGAUGUUGUCUGGAAAUCCGGCGUGGCGGUACUCAGAUAUCGCCGGAUUAAUGAUGAGAAUCGGAGUAGGUGAAGAAGUGCCAGAGAUCCCCAAAGGUUUAUCGGAGGAAGGGAAAGAUUUUCUUGGUAAAUGUUUCGUGAAGGAUCCAAGCAAGAGAUGGACAGCGGAGAUGCUCCUAAAUCACCCCUUUACCUGUGAUCAAGAUUUUGAAGAUGAUGGGUCGAAAAACAGAGAAGAAAACAGCCCCUCAACCUCUCCAAGAUGCGCAUUUGAUUUCCCGGAUUGGGCGUCCUCGGUCACAUGUUCAAUUACCUCUUUACCCCGGUCGGAAUAUUCCCCGGAAUCUGGCUCAUGGUUCUCCGGGGAGUCGAGUUCAGGAAGUGGCUCUUGGUCCAAUCGGGCGGCAGCGCGGCUGAUGGAGCUAGUUAGCGAUCAAAAUCCUAAUUGGUCUGUGUCGGAUGAUUGGGUCACCAUCAGGUGACGGUCCAGGAGUGUUUGGUCAAUUUUGGUCACAAUUCACAAGGAAGAGCACAGUCAGGAAUCAGAUUUUUGAAGAUAUUGUUUGCCCUUUCUUUUGCCGUUAGAUCCUACUUUUCGAUACUUGUAUGUAAAGAAGAGCAGAAAUUACAGAGGUAGAGGGAGAGAGAGAGAGAGGGGCAGAAUGUACAGUCCUUGAUAAAUACUUUUCAAUACUAUACUAUUCAUUAUAUUAUUUGAUA